AUGCCUUCUCCGGCAUAUCCGACCGAGCUGCCGGCCCAAAUUCAGUUCAUCUCAAAUGAGCGAAGGCAGGUCAUUGUCCAACUCGCCCAGCAGGGCAAGAAGGCCGGCACAGUCCUGGAUCAGCAGAAUGGACCGCACAAGACACUCUUUGAGCGCCUCAGUUCACUUCUCACCUGGCUUGACCAGACUGUCCAGAUGAGCCCAGAAUUGAAGAACGAGACGAAGAUCGAAGAUGCACUCAAAGUCAUCCUCAACGACUUGUUUCAUUUUCCGGAGACAUUCAAGACGAAAGCCACUGCUUUACUGGAGAAAUGGCAGACUGAGCACUGGGGAGGACCGGCGCCUGUUGCGGUGGAUUCGCCACUGGCAGGGCCGAGUGAGGCCGAAGCAGAUGACGAGGAGUCGAGUACUUCAAGGAAGAAAAGAAAGGUGUCGCAAGACACGCCCGAAACGAAGUCAGCCGGCGUGGUGAUGAAGGUCCCCUACGACCAUGCAAUCUGGGGUAAACACGGGAUCAUGCACGGGCUUGCACUAAAGAAAAUGGAGAGCGGCCGCAAAUCCAAAGUGAUCAACCCGGAAUACAAACAUCUACAGCGCAACGCCAAAGUCUACGGACACAACGAUAUCACAGUCGGCCGGUGGUUUCCUUACCAAUUAUGCGCUGUAUUCCACGGGGCACACGGAACCAGCCAAGCAGGCAUUACACCUGGGCCAGUCGGAGCGUAUUCAAUCAUCGUCUCCGGCCAAUACGAGGAUUUGGAUCGAGACGAUGGUGAAGUCAUCUUCUACUCGGGUUCAGGAUCACAUGACAAUACCGAUCCCGGAAGGGUCGCCGCAGCGACUGCUGGAACACGCUCGCUACAUUCAAACAUCGACGAGGGCAACCCCGUGCGUGUGCUGAGAUCACACAGCGGGAUGGGCCGCUAUGCACCUUCCAAGGGAUUACGAUACGAUGGACUCUACCGAGUGGUCAGCGUUAGCACGCCCAGGAACCUGAAAGGUGGUCUGUACGAGAGAUUCAGACUGGAGCGAUUGGAAGAGGAUCAGAUCCCACUUGAGCAGUGCAGGGCGCGACCGAAUGGUCGAGAUUUGAUGGACUAUGAUCGCAUCGAGCAUGGGUAUCCGAGUCGAAGAUAG